GUGAAGCCAGACGCCGUUGGUUGGUGAUACAGAACGCUUUGGAGAAAAGUCAUCAUGAAACCGAAAGUUCAGGCCCAACGCAAGUUUGCUCAGGGAGCUUUUGUGCCACCAAGUCCAAACAUUGUUAAUACUCUUAUAAACAGAAGGGUAAAUACAGGCACCGCUAAUCAAUCGCGUUAUUUUUUUCGUCACAACACUUCUGCAAGGCGUCUGUUAGACUCAAUUUCAUUUGAAGGUAUACAUACACAUAAACCGAUUGUUGUAUUGGAAAGAUUAGAGAACCAACAACAAUUUUUACAAACUGAACAUCAACAUGAUCCUAACAAUGACCUAUUGGUGCCAAUACGUUCUGAACCGUCAAAUAUCGUAAGAAGAUUACCUUCGCGGAGAAAAGCUACAAAUCAAAGUUCUACUGCAUGCUUGUGCUCGACUUCAAAAGGUGAAAAGAAAAAAGUUCAAUCAAAAAGGAGUCGUGUAAAAAGAAAAUAUCCUGUCAAAAGGAUCAGACGUAAAACAAAUAAGAAAAAAAAAUCUGAUAUGAAUUUGAGAUCAUCCCGACAAGCUUCUACCGCCGAUACAGAUUUUUCCAUAGAUGAUGAUAAGCCAUUGAUGUACUAUACCAAAAGAGGAACAAAACGAAACAGCAAAAAUCAAGAAAACCAACAGGCUACGUCGACAACCAAUACAGAAAUCUCACAAAGUUUGCCGGCUGCGUCUGCGUCUCCAAAUGUUGGAAGUGUUUCUCAAUCGACGCCGGUUGUGCAGAUGGAAACUACAAAAGAAAAUGAUGGCUUCUCCGUACCGGUACCGCCAGUUCAAUUUCAAGUUCCUACUAUGAGAGCUGGUGUCUCUCAAUCGGGCCGACCGCGACCCAACACUACGAGGACUGGCGUCCGAUCUGGAUCGAUAACUAAAUAUCGAACUUCAACUUUAUGGGCUGGUACCUAUGAGACGGUACCAUCGUGGCUAGCCCACAAUAGGAGAGAUAUGGGCGGAAGAAAGCAGCUUUGUAAACGGUUUAGACGAUUCCGCACUGGGUCAGGUGCUCAUUUGCGAGUUAUAGUUAACGAAAACCAGGACAAAUGCACUUUAGUCAGGUCUUAUUCACCGACUAGUUCAUAUUGUGCCUCUCACGUCUCGGAAUCGACGAAUAAGUCAAGAGCUACGUCUCCGAUGACUAAUGCUAAUGCUUCUUGCAUAAACUUGCCGAAAUCACCACCUCAGAAUAUGGAAAUCCCUGAAACGACUGUACCUCGUAUAGUGGAAACUUUUUCAUUGGACGACACAUACCGCAAUUCCACGGAUCUACAAACGUUGGUCAACGAAUUAGCUGAUACAUCUCAGUUGGAGACGGUACCUCAACCACUCCAUGAGAUUUUGGAUAUACCUAAAUAUUCUGAUCUGGAUGAGUCUUACUCGAGGAGUGGUGCAUAUGAGAAUGAGGCUCCAGCAAACGCUUUUUCGCUUUAUAGUAGUAAAGGAAUCAAAAACUGGAUGAGUAAGUCGGAAGCUGCAAUUGCAAUUCCUAAUAACGAUACAGAUAGUAUACAAGAAAACUGUACAGAAUAUUCGACGCACCAAUAUCAUUCUCUUCAAGCAACGGCCAAUGAAGUGGACGACGGCGCGGUUGCAGGUCCUUCUACCUUGUAUGAACAAUAUGAUUCGCCUUCUCCUACUCGCACUCCUACACCUACGCCUACUCCUACGCCUACUCCUACUCCUACUCCUGUUCAAAAUCGAAGGAGCCAGAGAAAAACUACUUCAAACACUACACCGAAAAAUAAAACAACACGUACAACUAGACAAAAGAAAAAUAUGAAUACUACUCAAACCUCAGAUCGGGCAAAAAUUUUAGAGGCACCUGUAUUUAAACCGACAGAAGAAGAAUUUAAAGACCCAAUAGCGUAUUUACAAAAAGUGAUGCCAGAAGCCGCUAAAUUCGGUAUAUGCAAAAUUGUUGCACCUCCGGGGUUUAAGCCGGAGUGUAAGCUCGAUGAUUCAAUUCGUUUCACUGCAACGAAUCAAUAUAUUGGAAGAUUAUACAGUCGAUGGGGUCCGGUAACACGUGAAAUAUGUGCCUUGCGCUCAUUUUUGCAAUCACAAAAUAUACCGUUUAUUCAUGCGCCCUUAAUGGAAGGCUUAGAAGUUAAUUUACCGAAGCUGUUUCAAUUUUUACAACGACAAGGCGGGCUCAAGGCGAAAUUAAAAAGCCGCACAUAUUUAGAUACGAGGAAGUGGGGGAGAUUAGCGGAGGAACUCAGAUAUCCAAAUAUAAACGCUUCGGCAAAAAAACUAGAUCAAAUAUAUGUAAAAUAUUUGUUACCGUACGACGCUCUCACUCAAAAGGAACGUCAAGAACUUGCGGAGAAAAUGGAUAAGAGAUGGUCAAAACGAAAUGACAAAUUGUUACAACGAGCGCGAAAUCCACUACAUCGCCAAAAGAGAUUGUUAGGGGAGUCUGAAUCGUCAGAUGAAGACGAUAAUGAAGAAACCCAACAAAUAACUGCAACGCUCAAUGACGCGGAAGAGUGUGUUAUUCGUGGUCGACUUAUGAAUCUAGUUAACUUUAGAAAGAUAGCCAAGACCGCAGUCAAAAUAUUCUUCCCAUCGAAAAAAAAGACCGCCGAUAUCGAGUCGCAAUACUGGAAGCUUGUGCUUCUCGGCAAUGAGCACGUGUGCGUCAAUACUGCGUCGAUUGACACUGGAACAGAUGGCCAUGGAUUUACCAAUAAUAAAAAUGAGCCUUACGGCAAACAUCCAUGGAAUUUAAAGAUGAUGAGUCAGCAUCAUGACAAUGUUCUCCGUUUGCUCGGUCCCGUACUAGGAGUUACACUUCCCACCCUUCAGUUCGGCAUGAUUUACUCAACAAGUUGCUGGCAUCGAGACCCCCAUGGUCUGCCUUGGAUGGAGUACAUGCAUAUGGGACCUCCAAAGAUAUGGUAUGGUAUACCGGAUACGGAGAGUACCAGAUUUCGGCGCGCGGUGGAAAACCUUUGUCCGACUGCUUGUCAGAACAAAUCAAUAUGGCUCCCAUCAGAUAUAACAAUGAUCCCUCCACCCCUUUUGCUGGAGCGGAAAGUCUCGAUGGCACGUGUAGUUCAAAAACCGGGAGAAUAUAUCGUGGUGCUCCCGAAAGCAUAUUCGAGCUCCAUCUGUACAGGCUUUACUGUCUCGGAGAGUGUUUAUUUCGCGACCAGUUAUUGGGUUAAAACUGUUAACCAUGUUUUUCAAGAGUUGCGUGAAAGUUGUGAACCCACUAUGUUCUCGCUGGAACAACUGCUGAUCGCUUUAGCUCGCGACAAGGACGCCUCACUCACAAUGCUGCAACUGGUGCAUGAAAACUUCUCCGCUAUUCUCACCGAGGAGCUCGAGAAUCGACGUCAGCUUGAAAAGCACGGACUUAGGGCUCGCCCGCUUCAACCCGAACGACAAAAUACACCGGGUGCCUGGAAUGCAAAUGAUAAUGAAUGCGAAGUAUGUCGCACAACACUAUAUCUAUCCCGGGUGAGAGGUGUUUUUCGCAAAAAAAGCUCGGUCUGCCUACGUCACGCUUUGCAAGUCCUCGACAGCAAGGAUAAAAAAAUUGAAAGGCGUGAGACUGAAGAGUUUGAAAUGGAAUAUUUCAUCAAAACCACCGAAUUAAAAGCUUUGAUCUCAUCAGUCAUACAAAGGUUAACUUUACCACUUCAACAACAACGACAACAACAAGAAGAAUAAGGUCAUCCAUGUGUUUUAAGUUUUGAACCUAUUUUGCUGACAAGAACUAAAUUAAACUAGUCUUAAAAUUAAUUUAAAUUUAGAAAAGCCUACUAAAAUAACAAGUUAGUUAUUGGCAAGUUUAAAUGAUUAAAUUUCGUUUAUUUUUCAAUGAUACAUGUAUAACAGUGUAAAUAGAUCGAAAUGCGUAAUAGUGUCAUAUGAAGAAUUGAUUGAAUAACAUAUCUCGCGUUUAUAAAAAAAAAAUAUUAAUUUUAUAAACACACCCACAGUAAAUAGAUUAUAAAAUAUGAAAAGACCUUAGAACGCCUUCGUACUGGUCUUAAAAUUAUCUGAAAAUGAUAGUUAUAUUAAUAUUCUUUUGUUCUUUAAAUUUCGUAAUAUUAACAUUAUUACAAAUUAAUAAUGACAUAAGUUCCGUCUUUCGUAUUAUAAUAUAGUAAUCUAUAUAUUUUAUAUUAAUUUUAGUUUAGGAAUUGGUCCAACAGAAAUGGCACUAAUCCAUCUGUUAAAGUUGAGAUCGUUUAAACCGCCUACUAUACUCAAUAAGUUAAAGGUUUAAAAUAAAUUAAAGUUUUAACUCUUCAAAAAGAAAAAAUGGUGAUUAUAUAGGUUUGAGAAAUAGCUCUUCUAAUUGAAAUUAUAUAAUAAAUAAUUACGUUACGAGUAUUUUUGUUAAAAGAUGCUGUGAAUGCUCUACUUUAUAUGUUUGUAAACAAAGUUACUAAAUGUUGGUUUAGUAUUUUAAAGCUGAUGUCACUUUGUACAGUCAUUCUGAUGCACGCUACACUUUGUCAUACUUUAGAUAUAAUUUUGUUAUACCUUACUUGGUUAUUAUCCUAAGAAAUGUAGUAAUGUGUAACUAACUAUAUUCGGUCAAUUCAGGUGUGAUUUGAUUAAAAAAUUAAUUAUAUUAGUUUCGGAAUACUAUAAUAAAAAUAUACUUACAUUAUUAGAGUAGAUAAAAAUAUUUUUAUUAAAAUUAUACUUGCUACUAGUAAGUUUCAUUUUUAGGAAAGUUAAACUUUUCACAAACUAAAAGUUUUCAUAAAUAAGAGAUACGGUAAGAAAAGGAAUAGAGGACCAAAAUUAUAAAUUUAUUGUACAAAAUAUCAAAAGUAGACUUUUCUUCAUAAUUACAAAAUGAAAUCAUUCGGCUAGCAACAUUCCUAUUCCGAAUAAACUUUAUCAAAUGAUAUUGGACCACGCCUAAAUCAUGUUAAAUGUUCGUAUUGAGAUAUGUGACUUUACAAUUUAUUUAAACUUUAUUGUAUAACUUACGGUAGUUUUCGUGCCGGCUCGCCAAUGGUAUUUAUCUAUAGAGGGCAACUCCAUUAAAGCUUGAAAAAAAACAUUAUUUUAACCUUAAUAUUAUAAGCGUCAUUCGUCAUCAACAAAAUUUAUCAAAUAAAAAUGAACUUAUAAUGAAAUCGACCGAGGUUAAGUUGACCUACACACAGGUAACACUUGUUUAGUUUAGACGUUGGAAAGAAGACUGAGAGACAGUUGUGUUUUCUUGGUUGGGACAAUAUGAUUUUUAUUGUUUGUUUUUUUUUAUUGUAUAUAGUAAUAGUUUUCCUUUCGAAAGCAUUGACAUCAGGAAUUAAUUCAAGAUAUUUUUUAAUUGUUAUCAAGGUAUUUAAUUUUCUUUGUUUUUUACAAAUUAUAUUUUUUAUAUUUUUCUCUACUAUGUCGCACAAUUUUAUUGCUUUGCGCGUUAGUCAGAUAAAUAGGUUAAAUUGAAAUACAAGGACAUCACUUCAUUAAAAAGAGGAUUUAGUUAGUUUAUACUUGUGCCAUUUAUUGUCCGAAGGGCAGAUUUUUAUUUAUUUCACUGUGUGAGUUUUACUUUUCUUUUAUGGACUAUGUUGACAGAUCACGUGUUUAUGAAAUAAUUAUUAAUAGAAUAAGAUUUAGGAUAAGCUAUAUUAUUAUUAAUCAAAUUAUACAUUUUUAGAUGUGUAUCAAUUGUAUACAUACACAUAUACUUCACUUAAUUUUGCAUCAUAUGCAUAACUUGCAAU